AUGUACGGCCAACGCAAGGGAAUCCAGAUGAGCAAUAUUCUUGGCGACCCCUUUGCUCUGGCCACGCUAUCCAUCAGCACGCUUGCCUGGUUUAUCACAUUUGUUUCCUGUAUUAUUGGUAGAAUACAACAAAACGGCGAUGACGACCUCGCUAAGAACGACCCUUUUCCUACAUUUGUCUGGUGGAGCUGCAUUUACUGCCUUUGCUUGAUUACUGGCGUCUUUGUUGUGAUCGGAAGCGAUGCAGUCCAUACCUAUCAUGUCGCUGUUACCGGUUAUCUCGCUGCCGGCAUCGUCUUGGUCUCAUCGAGUAUCAACCAGCUUCUUUACUCCAACAGCGGCGCACGUGAGGCUGCCUCAGCUGGCUUCAUUCUGCUAGCCAUGGUUAUUGUAAUCUGGACUUUCUACUUCGGAUCCAACCCAUCUUCAACUCCUCGAGCUUUCCUUGACUCAUUCGCCCUCGCAAAAGAAUCCACAACCAUUCACCGAUCGACAAUGAACGCCUACGGUGGUCGUCCGGAGACUUCCAACUCAGUCCAGCCUCCUCAAAUGUACACCUCUGCCCAGCUCAACGGUUUCGAGAACCCCUCACCUGUCGGUGGUAUCGCCGGACCUCGCGGCUCUGCAGUUCCCCAAAGCUACACCAACUCCGGUAUGCAACAACAACCACCGCAAUCCAAGCCUGGCCACUCUCCAGGCAACGACACCGAGGUCGUGCCACCCACCGAAUACCCCUACCGGGCAAAGGCUAUUUACAGCUACGAAGCCAACCCCGACGAUGCCAACGAGAUCUCUUUCUCUAAGCACGAGAUUUUGGAGGUGUCAGACGUUAGCGGAAGGUGGUGGCAAGCACGCAAGGAGAGCGGCGAGACGGGUAUUGCACCCAGCAACUACCUCAUCCUGUUAUGA